GUGGGUGCGCGCAGGCGUGCGCCAUGACCAGCUCGCGCCGGCUCCGAGACGACCCCGCGCCGUGACCGAGCCCAGGCGACUCCGCGACUGCGCGACCCGGCAGCAGCCGGGAAUGGAGGCCUGCUGCGCGAUCACAGCUGCCGAGGACCUUGUGGGCGACCAGAUUGUCCCAGGCGGCGGUCGUUGGGGUGCUCCACACGCCGCCGGCCUUCUCGACUCUUGGUUUCAGAUGCAGACAUCUGAGCUAGAGUCGCUGCUGUGUAAGCAGGAGGGCGCCUCACUCGCGCCCGCCCACAUGGACCUUUUCGACGGCGGAACCUCUUCACGCGACGAUGCAUUCCUCCGGCCCGCACUGUGGGAGGACAUCGCGUCCUCCAUCAGGAACAUCGACCCAGAGAACGCGAACAUGCUCGCGCCCCUCGGCUCCACGCACGUCAAGCUCGAAGCUGACGACGCACUACUGGAAGAGUGCGCCACCCCGCUACUCAGUCCCCUCGAGAUCAAGACGGAGAGGCUGUGCGCGCCGCCCACGUACGCGCACCCGCAGCCGCCGCAGCAUCAGCCGCAGCACCAGCCGAACACCUCCUUCGCCAAGUAUCCCCCCUCGCGGCUCGUCUACAUGUCCCCGCUGACGCCGCCCAGCUCGGAGCAGGGCAGUCCCGGGAACACCAUGCAGGGAGCAGGCCGACGCACGCCGCCGCCUCCCUACCACCCGCCGCCGCUGCUGCGGGCGCCGCACGUGCCGCCGCAUCCCGGCCCGCACCCGCACCACCAUCCCCAGGUGACUACCACAACAUCAAAUCAUGCUGAGUAUUACGGACAGGUAGCAAAUCAUAAAUGAAUAAAGUAGUUUGUUCCGAUGCAGGCGAUGUCGCAGGGCGUGCAGCUGCCGGCGCCGGCGCCGCAGCCGGCGGGCCCGCACGCGCCGCCGCCGCACGCGCGCCUGGCGCACCCGCCGCACGUCAAGUACAACCGCCGGAACAAUCCCGAGCUCGAGAAGAGGAGGGUCCACCACUGCGACUUCAUAGGAUGUACCAAGGUCUACACGAAGAGUUCGCAUCUAAAAGCACACCAGAGAAUACAUACAGGUGAGAAGCCGUACACGUGUCAGUGGCCGGAGUGCGAGUGGCGGUUCGCGCGCUCGGACGAGCUGACGCGCCACUACCGCAAGCACACGGGUGCCAAGCCCUUCAAGUGCGCCGUUUGCGAGCGCUCGUUCGCGCGCUCCGACCACCUCGCGCUGCACAUGAAGCGCCACCUACCCAAGACGUCCAAAUGACACGCGAGGCGGGGCGGCGACCAGCCGCCCGCCACGCACACUUCACAGGAGGAGUGCAGUGAGAGCAUCUUCCUGGAGUGUGACCUGGACGCCACCCUGAUGGACACGUUCUACGGCGUGCUGUGACCGCCGCCGACACGCUUACUGUAUAUUUUGUAAAAGCGAACACAAACAUCACCAGUGUUACAUUCAACGACUACCAAGUUCCCAGUGAAUGUAGAAAAAUCUCUCAAAAAUAUUUACUUAAUAAAUGGUACUUAAUUUGAGCAAGUAAUUAAGUACCGCGUAAACCAUCAAUUAACCAUACGAUUCUCACGUCAUAAAGUCACAAUACGUACAACACAACAGCAUUACCAAGGAAAUCGCUUUACAUAAUAUAUACCUUUUAAUUGUAAAUGACUCGAUUAGUCAUGAUACAGAUCCCAAAACACCCGUAUAUUAUAGAUAACUAUAUGAUGUAAAUUAAAAAUUACAAAUAUUUUAAUGGGGCAGGUUUUGCGACACCAUUGCUACACUGUGCUGUUUAAUUAUAUUCAGGUGCAGAAGUGAAUUGUAAAAAAUAAGUCAUAAUAUGAAUCCUCUACACUGAAGCCAAUAGUGUCACACGUUAAGAGAUAUAGCACUUAAUUCUCAAAUCAAUUCGGAAAGGCGUCGUCACUGUAUCAACUCGAGUCGUUUGGAUUUAGUAGCACUUUCACACUGGCGGAUAUUUGUCGCGAGUAGCAGAACCGAGCACCUCGGAAUGUGUUACAAGUGUAUAAUCACUGUAGCGAAAAACGGUUUUAAACUUCAUCUAAAACCAGUAACUGACAAUUUUUGUUGAACAUCCGUAGGUGUGCAAACUCUAUAACACCACUAACAAAGUUUUCGCUCGGUUCGUUUAUACGAUGUAACUCGGUUUAUCCCUAGUGCUGAAAACCCGCGAGUAUGAAAAGGCUGUAACUAUCGGCUGCCAUGCACGUCAUCGAUGAUUUGAGUCUGACAUAAUCUGGUUGCUAUUGUUUUAGUUUCCUUAUUAGCCCGGUCAAAAUAGACAUAAAAGUAGUGGUCAAAUAACAAAAAUUCCCACAAAGCUGAUUUUUGGUGGAGAGCUAGAUUUAAGAAAUAAAUAAAAUACUAAAAGUCCCCAUCGAUCCCAUC